AUGCUUAGUCUAUUCGUAUAUAUCGUUACCAUCUUCGGGACGCUUGUUUGGGCGUCUACGGAAACAAGCUAUUCCUUCACGACUGCAGGAAAAUGCUCGACGACAUGGGGUAGCGGUGGGACAGUGCCGAUGUCUCUUCCAACUUCGACGACUAUUAGUACUGUCUAUUCUUUGCUCACAAAUGAUGUGGUAACGGUUCCUUCGACGUCUACUAUUACUGCCGACGCUGUUACGACGACGGUACUUGAACAAACCUCUUGGACGUGGUCCGAGUCGACGAUUACUAUACCUACGACAACCCGUUGGGUUGGGGCUCAAUCGACGGUAGCCACAGCCUCGUGGCCUACUACGAUAUGUACUAACGAUGUUACUCCGACCACCGUGACAGAGUACAGCGGUAGUUAUAUUCCUGUACCGGGUCAAGUAACUACUGAGCCGGCUUCGUAUCCUUCGCAGGUCGUUUGCAGGACCGGGGUAACGUGGUUCACGUAUCUGCUCCCAACCACGACGUCCGGAGAGACAACGGUGACGGUGACGCCUACGAGUACGGUAUUUGCUCCUACUACGACUCUUACGUCUACUGCCCCGUAUUACACCUUUACGAGAUACGAAACUACGAUCACAAGCGUCACGACAACGUACCGAGUUGCCACGAGCGUCGUGACCAGCAGUAUAGCGUGUGAGGCUACGACUACUACAACGUUUGCUGCUAAAUGUGAGCCGACGAAUGUCAUUAAGGGUAUUGGAGAGUUCGGAAUAGUGUCGGGAAAAUAUGCGAAAAAUAUUACGGUUACGUAUGUUCCCGAUGAAAAGUACUAUGAUCCCGGCGUUUGUUGUCAGCUCUGCCAGGAUAAUGAUGGAUGUGUCGGUAUGAUGGCAGGAACUUCGGGAUACUGUGCUCUAUACUACGUCGGCGCUCCGAACGGUGGUCCGGCGUGUGAUUUUGGUUUCUCGUACCAAACUGAAGCUAGUAGGUUCCCGGGACAAGGUCUCUGGGUGCAAUCCGGGUGUGGUGAAAUUGAAUUUAUGGGAUGA